ACCACCAAGAGGAGCCUGGUUUCAUCUUCUUUACAUCUCCAUCAGUAACGGCCUCCCCAGCUGAAGAUGUCUAACAAUGGAGUUGAAACAGAAGACAAACCACCGGCUCCUCCAAUGAGAAAUACCAGCACUAUGAUUGGUUCAGGAAGCAAAGAUCCCGGGACUUUGAACCAUGGCUCAAAACCUCUGCCUCCCAAUCCAGAAGAAAAGAAGAGGAAGGAUCGGUUUUACCGAUCUAUUUUGCCAGGAGACAAAACCAAUAAGAAGAAAGAGAAAGAGCGGCCGGAGAUCUCCCUCCCGUCAGACUUUGAACACACAAUUCAUGUGGGGUUUGAUGCAGUCACAGGAGAAUUCACAGGAAUGCCAGAGCAGUGGGCACGCCUGCUGCAGACUUCCAACAUCACCAAGUCAGAGCAGAAGAAGAACCCCCAGGCAGUGCUGGAUGUGUUGGAGUUUUACAACUCCAAGAAGAUCUCCAACAGCCAGAAGUACAUGAGCUUCACAGAUAAAUCUGCUGAGGAUUACAAUUCAUCUAAUACGUUGAAUGUGAAGGCUGUCUCUGAGACCCCUGCAGUGCCCUCAGUGUCUGAAGAUGAGGAUGAUGAAGACGAUGCAGCUCCACCCCCUGUGAUAGCUCCACGACCUGAACACACCAAAUCUAUAUACACCCGCUCUGUGAUAGACCCUCUUCCUCCGCCUACCAGAGAUGUGGCCACCUCUCCUAUUUCUUCUCCCUCGGAAAACAGCACAGCAGCACCCGACAUGCUGGUCAGGAACACGGAGAAGCAGAAGAAAAAGCCAAAAAUGUCAGAUGAAGAGAUACUGGAAAAAUUAAGAAGUAUUGUGAGUGUGGGCGAUCCAAAAAAGAAGUACACGAAUUUUGAGAAGAUUGGACAGGGAGCCUCAGGUACAGUUUACACAGCAAUAGAUGUAGCUACAGGACAGGAGGUUGCAAUCAAACAGAUGAAUUUGCAGCAGCAGCCCAAAAAAGAACUGAUUAUUAAUGAGAUCCUUGUGAUGAGGGAAAACAAAAACUCCAACAUUGUCAACUACUUGGACAGUUACCUUGUAGGAGAAGAGCUCUGGGUGGUGAUGGAGUACUUGGCAGGAGGCUCCCUGACCGACGUCGUGACGGAGACCUGCAUGGACGAGGGACAAAUCGCCGCCGUGUGCCGGGAGUGUCUCCAAGCCCUGGAAUUCCUCCAUUCAAACCAAGUUAUUCACAGGGACAUCAAGAGUGACAACAUCCUGCUGGGAAUGGAUGGCUCUGUCAAACUAACUGACUUUGGCUUCUGUGCCCAGAUCACUCCUGAGCAGAGCAAGCGCAGCACCAUGGUGGGCACGCCGUACUGGAUGGCCCCGGAAGUGGUGACGCGGAAAGCUUACGGACCCAAGGUGGAUAUCUGGUCUUUGGGGAUCAUGGCCAUCGAGAUGAUCGAAGGAGAGCCCCCCUACCUCAAUGAGAACCCUCUGAGAGCCCUGUAUCUCAUUGCUACUAACGGGACUCCAGAACUGCAGAAUCCAGAAAAGCUUUCACCCAUAUUCCGAGACUUCUUAAAUCGCUGUCUUGAAAUGGACGUGGAAAAGAGAGGCUCUGCAAAAGAGCUGCUACAGCACCAGUUCUUGAAAAUUGCAAAGCCUCUAUCCAGUCUCACUCCUCUGAUUGUUGCAGCUAAAGAGGCAGCCAAGAACAACCAUUAGAGUGGUGAAGUCAACACAGUCAUCAUGUCAAGACUUUCAGAUGUUCAUUUCAGAGACUGAAUUACUUGCCCUUCUCCCCUUCUGCUCCUUCUUCACAGGCGUGUUGUUAAAACCUUGACUUGCCCUGGAGGGUGGCAGAGGCAUCAUUCACUGUAUGUGGAAGGGCACACAACAGGACAUGGCUGAUCUUACAUGGUGAACUGUCCCUCCAUCCUCGUGAUGGGGACAAGAGGGGAAGAACAUUUUGUAUGGGUGAGAAGAUCUUUCUGAGAGCGUCUGAACCUGACCUACACGUAGUGAAGCCAGUUCAUUUUCAUAUUUCUUAUGGUGUUUAUUUUUAAAAAUAAUGUGGAGCCUUACACCAUGUUUAUCUUAUUAAAUUAAAUCUUUUGCUGGCUGCACUUUGCCUGCUUCUGCCAAGCUGCUGUUACACCAUGGAGGCUGCUCUGUGCUUUGGAUGACUCAAGGAGGGAAGGAAGCAGGCAGCAGCACUGUGAACAGCUGUCAGCUG